CUUUAUCUCUCUCUUCUCUCUCUCUUGCCCUGCUUUCGUUAACCCUUGAAUUCGAAAACCCAGACGCAGUCUUAGAAAUUGAGGCUGGAGAAGAAAGGCUCCCAUCUGCUACACGGCUAGACGUGAUACAAGUGACAUCUUGAGGAUUCCGAGCAUGUUAGUUGGAGGUAGCUCAUGACUUCUCGGGUGAAAAGAUAUUUUAGGAUAAUUUAUAGGAGCUGAAUCUAUGCCUGGAAACGAAUUUGGAGAGAGAAUCCACAAUUUCUUUGGACAGGAAGGCCUAUCUCAAGACCAGCAUCAGUCUCAGGUUGUUGACGGAAGCUGGUCCAGUUUUAGUAAUGGUUUAGUUGGAAACCAGAGGCAGAUAGACCCAUCCCAUAUCACCAAUCUGAAGAGUUAUAGCACACAACAAUCUGUUGAUCCUGAGAGAGGGCAAUCUUCAAAUUCACAGCAGGGUUUGACUUUUACGCAGCAGCCUAUAAGGUCUGAGUACUCCAGAAGUCUAUUGCAAGAUAACCAGCAACUCACAAAUGGUUACAUGCAUGGUCAGGCAAUGCCGAAUGGGGCAAAUGUUUUGGGAGUGGAUGUAGAAUCUAGUAGGGAUAAGUUAUCAGCGAAAGGAUAUUCUCCAGACCUUCAUAAAAUUCCUAUGAGGUUUGAGAUGGGAGAAUCUCCGGUUAAUUAUGAUUUCUUUGGUGGUCAACAACAGUUAAACAGCCAGCUCCCUGGCAUGCUCCAGCCUUUUCCAAGGCAGCAGAUGACAUUCAAUGAUAUGCAACUGCUAAAACAGCAAGUUACGGUUAAGCAAAUGCAUGAAUAUCGAAUGCAACAACAGCUUGAGUCCCGGCAGCUCAAUUCUUUGCAUUCAAAUGCAGUCAAUGGAAGUCGCUCAAGUGAUAAUCAAUCACAUCCGUUGAUCAAUGGCAUCCCUAUUCAGGAUGCGUCUAGUGCUUGUUGGCAGCCUGAUCUUAUGACAGGAAAUACAAACUGGAUGCACGGGCAGGUGAACUUAUUGGCACAACAAUUUGAACCUUCCUUAUACGGUAUGCCUGUUGGUGGGGCAAAUGCACCUCAAAAUGCCUUUUCUUCCGUUCAGAUGAACAUGUUAGCUGCACAGCAUGGUUCUGCAAACAGGAGUUCCUCUCUCACCAAUCAGUCAACUUCAUUUCUUAAUCAAGGCGAUGUACAUGAUAGUCAUAUGCUCCCUAGAUCCACAUACCAGGAGAAAGUGUUGUUCUCCCAUUCAUCAGUUCCAGGUGCAAAUAAUAGGCCCAACUUUGGAAGUUUCCAGGAUGAUGAUUCCCGUGAGAGGAACAUGUCAGUGCAGGAGAAAUUUGGUAAGAUUGAGGGUUCUGGUCCAUCAGAGAAGUCAUUUAUGAGCGUGCCUGAUAAUGUAACUGCAUUACAGAAUUCAACAGCAUUAGAUCCAACAGAAGAAAAGAUUUUGUUUGGUUCGGAUGACAAUUUGUGGGAGGCAUUUGGAAACAGUACGGAUAUGAGCUUGACUGGAAAUCUGAUCUCCAGCAGUUCUGACCUUUAUGAUGCUUGCCCCUCUUUGCAAAGUGGGAGUUGGAGUGCUCUUAUGCAGUCUGCUGUAGCAGAAUCAUCCAGUGAUAACGCAGCCUUUGGUAGUAGGGGCCAGGAUUUGGGUGUCAAGGCUUCAAAUGCACAGAGCGAGAGAAUCCACAGUGAUUCCACUCGGACAUCUGCUCAACAUUCAAUGUCUCAAUGUAGUCAGAUGGCUGGAAAUAUUUUUCAUUCUUCAAGUUCUGGGAUCGAUAGAAAGAAUAAUUCGUGUGCUAUUCAAAAAAAUGAGGGCCUUGAAGAUAGAUUUGGUAUUUGGAAGGCUGCUUCUAAUCCAAAUUUAGCUGCUAUGACUGAACAGAAGAAUCAUUUUACACAAAAUCUACAAAUGAAAAAGGCAAGCUAUGGACUUGGCAUUCCCGGUACAGUAAAUAAUUCUAGUGCUUCUAGGGAUGUCCCGGGAAAUAUUCAACAACACUUGAAUAAUAAGUCUGUGGAGAAAGCUAUCCCUCAACUGAAUUCUAGAGAUGGCAGUCAAAUUCUUGAGUCAUAUGCGAGUAAUAAUGCUGGUAAAGCCAUGGCUGAAUCGAACGAAAUGGAGAAUUCUGGAAAGGAGAACUCAAAAGACAGUUUUCGAUUGAAAAUCUCACAACAGUCUUUUACACGUGGGUUAAAAGAUGAUACUCAGGUAAAUGCCCGUGAUUCGUCUAUGUUGCCUGGUGGGAAAGAAACACAAUCUGUUCAUGUUGGUAGUAGGCCGUCGAUAAGUCGUAAAUUUCAGUAUCAUCCCAUGGGUAAUAUUGGUGUCACUGAUGAGCCUCGUCGAGAAAACGUUUCUCAUCUGUCUACCACAUUGGAGCAGGUUUCUGCAGGGUAUUUCGGGCAGUCAAAGUCUCUUGGUCAGCCACCUAUGAACAUGCGAAAUGACAGGGGACAUGUUUCACAAAACGACUUGAAUUGCACAAAUGAGAGUUUCAAAGGCAUGGGCUCAGGGAAUUCACCUAGUACAUCUGCUUCAGCAGACAGGAGUGUUGAUAAUCAAGUGAAAAGUGCUUCGUCAAGGCAGACUAUGCUUGAGCUUCUUCACAAGGUGGACCAGUCGCAGGAGCAUUCCUUGGAAGCAAAUGUUUCUGGGAUUCCUGAAACAAAGAUUUCUGCAGACUAUGGUGGUCAAUUUCGUCAUAGUCAGUCAUCUGCUUCUCAGGGGUUUAGUCUACAGCUGGCUCCGCCAUCUCAACCAGUCCUAUCACCUGAUAACGUGCAGUUUUCUAUGAAUUCUAUGCAGCCAUUGAAUUCACUUCAUACCGUCCCUGAAAAGGGAGGAACAAGUCAAUCAAGGUUUGCUCCAUGGGCAAAACAAUCUUUUCCGCAACAAUCCACUUAUCCAGGAGAAUCCAACAUGACUUCUGGUUUUCCAUAUGCCAGAGGGUAUCACCAAAAUCAACUGAUGCCUGGUGCUACCCGACAAUCAGCUUCCAACCAAUUAGUCAGUUCAUCUUCUGAGUUGUCUACCCCUCAAGUGAAAGAAAGAGAGGAAAGCAGUGACUUUGGUCAACGUGGACAUUCAUCACAAACACCUUCCCUGCCAAAUCCUACAACCCACAACAACAAAGGAGAUUCAGCUGAAGGAUUUCCUAUGCUGUCUGCUUCUCAGCUUCCAGUUGCAUCCAGCUCGCCUCAGCAGAGUUCCUCUUUUGGCAUGAUGUCUGGCUCGCAAAUGGGUAUUUCAGCUCCGCAACAUCGGUUUUGGAACCAGCCAUCGAAACCCCAGCCUGAUAUUUCACGGCCGCAUCCAUUUCCCAACAACCACGUAGAAGGGAGCUUCUCAAGGCAGGAGAAGAAAAAUCAAUUAUCCUCCCAAAAUGGAGGAGACAUGUCAUUAAGUGGGAGGGGCAUGGUGAAUAUGCCUGGUUUACAGAGUAAAGAUAUGGGUGCCAAACAAACAUCUGAUAUUGAUUCGGUGUUCUCCAAAAUGGUGCAGAGCAACCAUGAAACCUUUGAUCGCUCUCUUCCUUCAAACAACCUUCCAAAAGAACUGCGUCACGGUGAGCAUAUGGCUGCUAGUGGGGACGGUGACGCACCCAAGAUGACUGUGAAGAGAGUUGAAGAGAGUGCUGUUCAUCUUCAGAAGGUAGCUUCCAAAGGGGAGCAACAGUCACCUUCACGAUCUGAUGGCUUAGUUGGAGAUAAAUUGAAUGAGAAGGAACCAGCGAACCACAUGCUGCAUUUUGUCCAAAAUGUUUCUCAGGGUUUCUCCUAUAAGAAUCAUUCAGCCUCGGCUGGAGCAGAUCAUCAACAAAUCAGUCCUCAGAUGGCUCCAUCCUGGUAUAGUCAGUAUGGGACUUUCAAGAAUGGACUGGUGCAACCCGUGAAUGAUACAGGGAGAUUCACCCCCUUGAAGAAAGGAGAACAAUCUUCUAAUGCUGGGACUUCGGUUGAUGGUACACAUUCUGUUCAAUCGUCGAAGCAAUUUAAAAUGCAGCAGAUGCCAGGCUCCGCACCAGGAGCGGAAACUCGCUUAUCUGAGUCAUUGCCUCUUGGUGCUACUGACAAACUUCUUGUGAAAUCGAAGAAGCGCAAAACCCCCACAUCAGAACUUCUAUCUUGGAAUAAAGAAGUCGUGCAGGAAUCUCAGAGGCUUAAGACUCUCAGUGAGGCCGAGGUUGAUUGGGUUAGAGCGACUAAUCGAUUUGCUGAAAAAGUGGAAUUUGAGACUUUACUUGAGGAUGGCCCACCAAUCAGAACAAAGAGAAGGCUUAUAUAUACAAGACAGCUCAUGCAACAACUAUUUCGUCCGCCUCCUGGGAGGGUGAUAUCUUUGGUUGCUAGCUCAAAUUAUGAGUUGGUUGCAUAUACUGCCGCAAGAGCUGCACUAGGAGAUGCAUGUAGCUCCACUUCUACCGACAGGAGUGAGCGCUUUAUGCCCCUGACCAAAUCAAACCCGCUGUCUGAGAGAACGAAAACAGAAACAAUCAGUGACCAGUACAUCUCCAAAGCUGCUGAAAAUUUCAUUAGUAGAACACGAAAGCUAGAGACUGACUUUGCGGGACUAGAAAAUGGAACUACAAUUGCCGACUUGAGCGUCGAAGUCCAGGAUCUAGAGAAGUUUGCAGUGAUCAAUCGUUUUGCGAAGUUUCACCCAACAUCCUCGUCUAUGGACCGGACCGGGAGUUCAUUUAGGUUAAACCCACAAAGAUAUGUUACCAUAGCUCCAAUGCCUCAGAAUAUACCAGACAGGGUACAAUGUCUCUCCCUCUAACUAUUGAUUGAUGAAUCCAUAUAAUUCUGUUUUUGGCCAAUCUUCCCCAUUCAUUGUUUUAUGCAUCUCGUGCCCCAAAUCUUUCUAUAUUCUUUUCUAUUUUUGGGUGGGGUAUGAGUGAGUUGGUCAGAAUCCUGAGAACAGUGAAGGCUUCUAUUGUCAAGAAGCCGGAGAGUUCCUACUCGACAUGUAGCGUUAAUGUAUGCAUCAUCACGAAUAUUGUAAGUCAAAUCCAUAUGUAUACUUAGUAAAGAAGAAUUACCC